ACCUUCAGAUCUUAUCAGCACCAGGAAGUUCAUGUGACUGGUGGUAAAAGAAUGCGAUAUGAUUUGUAUGAUUUAUUCACGCCCGUUCGACAAGUUCAUCUCUCUAAAGCUGGUAUUACUGAUUAUGGCAAACUAUCAACUUAUGGAUUUUAUUCCCACAGAACAGCACCACUGGAAAUCUUCAUCAAUGGAAAUCCUCUUCAUUUAGCAGAGUGGCCUAAUGAUAACUACAUCAAUAUUAAAACUAUACCUGAUGGUGCUAGUGGUGCGAGGUUUACCCACAAUUCAUCGCGUGAUGCACGAUGGACAGGGGAAAAAGAUCCUUGGGCUUAUGGAAGUCUCCGCUAUGAUGGUGUGCUAAACGGUUUCUCUCAUCAAGGAGGUUAUUUUCGUGUCAUAAAUAUGUUGUCAGAAUUAGAUGCCCCGGGUGAAUAUUAUUUGGAUAGAUCUACUGGUAUUCUUUAUUUAUGGCCAAAUACACCAAGUGGAACCUUACAACAAACAGAUAUAGUUUAUGUUUCUAUGUUAAAUACGUGCAUAAGUUUACACAACGCACAUAAUAUUCAUUUUGAAGACUUCACGCUGGAGGCGUGUCGACAUUAUGGCUUUGAGGGAAACAGUGCACGUAAUAUAAAAUUUACAAAUAUGGAAAUAAAAAAUACAGGUUCCUAUGGUAUCAGUUGUAGCGGUGAUUGUAGAUCUAUUAGUGUAUCAAGGUGUGAUAUACAUCAUACUGAUGGCGGUGUCAAUAUACAAGGAGGAAACAGAAAUAAAUUGGAAUCUUCGGGGAAUAUUUUAGAGGACAACCAUAUAUGGAAAUUCGGUCGCGCUACGAAAGUUGGUGCCAAUGGUAUUUCACCAGGGGGAGUAAAUACUUUGAUGAGAUAUAAUUAUUUACACGAUGGUCCUUACACCUGCAUUCGAUGGUCUGGUAAUGAUCAUAUCAUGGAAUAUAACCAUUUUAGUAGAUGCUGUCAUGAUUCCAGUGAUUGUGGUGCUAUACAUGCUGGUAGAGACUGGACUAUGCGAGGGAAUGUUAUCCGUUACAAUCAUGUACAUGAUUCUAUAAGACAUUGGCCUGGUGCUGAUGUACGUGGUAUAAUGUUAGAUGACGAAUAUUCCAGUGUUACCAUAGAACAUAAUGUGUUUUAUUAUAAUGAAGUUCAUGUUAAUAUAGGGGGUGGUCGAGACAAUAUCAUCAGAUACAACGUGUUUUAUAACGCUACAAAAGAAUCUAUUCAAGUUGAUGGCCGGGGAAUGAGAGGGGAUUUUCUUGACGAACUUAUAGGUCAUUUACAGGCAGUGCCAUAUACCAGUCAUCUAUGGGCCGCCAAAUACCCCAAAUUAGCUGCUUUAGCUACAAGUAAAACUCGCGGUUAUCCGGAAGGCAAUGAGUCUUUUUCAUCCUCUGAUUUUUCUUCUCCGGAUACUUGUGACUACCAUCUACAAUGCACAGCUAAAGAUUGGGCUAAUGGGGUCAAUUUUCCACAACCAGUAACUUUAGAUAAAGUUGGUCCCAGAUAUCCAUAUGGUCCCAGAUAUUUAAAUAAAGGUAAAAGACCAGACUCGGGAAUUAAAGCCGUGUCCACAUCAGGUCCCUGUGUAUCUGGAACAGUUGCUCCCGAAACAAACAUCCCUAAAGCCUCCUAUUUACCAGAUGGUUCACGUCCUAAUAAUCUUGUUAAUAAUAUUACACAUGUUGGUUGCUGGCUUUUGGUAAACUCGUGUCCAGCUCACAAAGAUGUGAAGGGUACUUACAGGGAUACGUAUGGUGAACAGCAUGAGCACGCAGCAACUAAUGAGGCGAAAUGUUUAGCUCGGGCAGCUGAAGUGUGGAGAUAUUGUGGUUCGGCAAAAAAUCAACCAGUUACGGUCGUUUAUGGUCCAACAGGAGCAAUGACAAUGGGUGGAGAUGGUUGUUUCUUUGCUUAUUAUGGUUGUUCUAAUCAUCAUUAUAACUAUAUCGGAUUUGAAAGAGAUACCUGGGCAGAACAAAAUGAUAAUGCAGCUAAUGAUGAAGAGAAAUGUCUAAGACGAGCAGCUAAUCAAUGGGUAUAUUGUGGUAAAGACAGACAAGGCACAGUAACUAGUAUUUACCGACCAACAGGUGCUUUAAGAACUGGUGGUGCUGGAUGUUGGAUAAAGGUUAAAAACUGCCCUGCCGAUAAAACAGUUAAAUAUUAUUUCUAUGACAGCUGGGGAGCUACCAAUCUUGGAACAGACGGUGAUGAAUCGGAGUGUCGGAAUAGAGCUGGCUACUUUUGGAGAAAAUGUGGAUCACAUCCAGAACACCCAGUCACAGCCUUUUACCGACCCACUGGCGUCUCAAAGACAGUUCCAUCCCCUUAAU